AUGGCGUCGACGGCAGCGCCUUUCUCUCUGCAACACCACCACCACCAACAACAAAGACCUAAGACCCCUAAGACCCUGUCUCGGAAGGGCAGAAUUAGUGGCAUUGCUACCGCCUCAACCCCCAACUUAAGUAGUGUCUACUCGUCGCAUUCCCGUCUUGUCCCUGGCCCUGGCUCUGCUCUCGCGCGCAAGGCUUCCUUCGCAGCCCUCACCCCCGGCUCGCUGGCUACCAUCCCCGAUGACUCCGAAAGCUACGCCAUCGACAGUGUCCUGAACGACGACGACAUGCGCAGGAUGCCGCCGCCGUUGACUCCUAGGAAGGGCGCCGGUGCCGGUGACGAUUUUGCGCUGGGCGACGUUGUUGAUGUUCCGGGUUCAAUGAGCGGGAUCGUCCGCUUUGUAGGUUCGGUUGGCGGGAAGAAGGGAACCUUUGCUGGCGUCGAACUACACCCGGAAUUUCUGGCGCGCGGCAAGAAUAGUGGCGACGUCGACGGCGUCACCUACUUCACAACCUCGGUUCCUGGUGCUGGCAUCUUUGUGCCUAUCAACAAGAUCUUCAAACGCGACUCGCCCCCGACGUUCGGCAAGUCGUAUUCGCGCACGCCAAAUGGCAGCUCAAUGGCCGCCUUAAAGGUUGCGAGUCAGAAUACUACGAAUCACACGCCUCCGACGCCAUCAUUGCCCAAGUUCAGCCAGUCUGUUGGUCCAGCCAGAGCUCCAAGCCCGCAAGGAAAACGGUCCCGGCCCUCCUUACCACGUCCCGAGUCCCCUAUUCGCAAAUUGCAGCUCACGCCCGCUCCUCGACCCUCCAUCGCGACACCGGCCUCAAAACCACCUUCUCGCUACGGGAGUCCGACUGUAUCUAAAUUCGCUCAGAGCGUGCGCGGGACUGCCGGUGACCCGAACAAGACUUCGAGACUGGAGAGGAAGCCGAGUAUAGCUAGAAGCGCCUCAGCUCUGGGCCAGAUUCCCUCCAACUUUGACCCCUCCAGCUUUGACGAAGAGGAAGAGACUACGCCUGUGGGUAUGCGCACCAAGACUAAUGGAAGUAUCGGCUCGAUGUCAUCGUUGAACCUCAAGCGCCCUGCGUCCCGUGCGACCCACGCAAACGAAGAGGAGGUCGAGCGCCUGAAAUCCCAGCUCGAUGACCGAGACCGACAAUUGAGGGGGCAGGCAUCUGCGUUGGCUGAAAUGGAAAGUAGUCUUUCCGAGCUCACGGACUUGCUUGAUCAACAUGAUGCUGGUAGAAUGAGCAGCACGGAUGAGAAGGACACUUCACAGCUUCGAGCGUUGCUUCGAGAGAAGAACGAGAAGAUCUCGAUCCUAACCUCCGAGUUCGAUGUACAUCGAGCUGACUUCCGAAGUACUAUCGACACUCUCGAAAUGGCUAGUACCGAGACGCAAAGAGUGUACGAUGCCAAGAUCCAGGAACUGGAACACGAGCAGGGACUCUGCGACGCCAGAAUUCGGGAACUAGAACAAGAGCUGCACGACUCUCAGGAUCGGCAUGCAGAUGUUGAUAGCGUGGCUCGACAGCUUAAGAUACUGGAGGAGCUUGUUCAAGAGCUCGAGGAAGGCUUGGAAGAUGCUCGUCGUGGAGAAGCUGAAGCUCGCGGGGAGGUUGAGUUCCUGCGAGGUGAGGUUGAGCGGACCCGGUCUGAGCUGCGAAGAGAGCGCGAGAAGGCCUCUGCUUCCAUUAAUGGAGGUGAUAAGGCGGGAGACCGGUCUUCCACGUCGAAAGAUUUAGAACAGAAGGAGGACGAGAUCAGAGGUCUGAAGGCUAUCAUCCACUCCCUCAGCAGAGACUCCAUCCCGGGAUCCGAGUCGCCAGAGAAGACACCUACCCCACUGCAACGGAGCAGUUCCUACAUGAAUGCUCGUCCCGAUUCGCUCGAUAGCCGCAUGGCGAAGGAGAAGAUGGAGCGAGAACUCUUCGAGCUACGCAGUCUGCUUGAAAACAAGAACAGUCGAGAGGAAGAACUCGAACGCGAGGUUGAGACCCUCAGACGUGGCAGUGCGUCGACGCAGCGCGGCAGCUCGAUCACCGUAGGUAGCACCGACCGAUCGUCGUUCCGCGACUCCAAAGGUACCGUCAUUCUGGCACGUGAGGUGCGUUCGCCCGAGGCAGCACACAAACGGACAAAAACGCUAGACACGAUGCCCGAGAGCGAUGCGUACUCGUCCGUCACCGAGGCUAGCACCCUCUGGUGCGAGAUAUGCGACGUGGGUGGACAUGACCUUCUUACGUGUACCAACAUGUUUGGAUCCCAGAAUGAGCAGGGCAAACCUGGACAUGGUGAUCAAGCGUCGGGCAAGACCGGCAAGGACGUUGUCCGCGAGGGCCUCAACAACCUGGCAGUUCCCGCCGACGCUUCCGAUGAGGACACGCCUCGGCCAUUGUCUCCGAUGAAAAUUAAGACAGAAACAACACCGCCCCAGGCUACCGUCCAAAUCUUGCCCAACCCGCAAGACUCUGGACCCCUGGCUGGCAAGGAGAGCGGAGUGAUCGACGCCGCGAAGUGGUGUGCCCUGUGUGAGCGAGACGGGCAUGACAGCAUCGAUUGUCCAUUGGAAGAUGCAUUCUAG